AUGAGUGAAGGAACUUUUGCUGGAGCUGUCGGUAUCGAUCUUGGAACCACCUACUCGUGUGUUGCCACCUACGACUCUGCUGUCGAGAUCAUUGCCAACGAGCAGGGAAACCGAGUUACCCCCUCUUUCGUUGCCUUCACUGAGGAGGAGCGACUGAUCGGAGAUGCCGCCAAGAACCAGGCCGCCCUCAACCCCGUCAACACUGUCUUUGACGCCAAGCGACUCAUUGGUCGACGAUUCGACGACGAGUCUGUCCAGAAGGAUAUCCAGACCUGGCCCUUCAAGGUUGUCGACAACGCCGGUGCCCCCCUCAUCGAGGUCGACUACCUUGGCGAGAAGAAGACCUUCUCUCCCCAGGAGAUCUCCUCUAUGGUUCUCACCAAGAUGAAGGAGAUUGCUGAGGCCAAGCUCGGCCAGGCUGUUGACAAGGCUGUUGUCACCGUCCCCGCUUACUUCAACGACGCCCAGCGACAGGCCACCAAGGAUGCUGGUGCCAUUGCUGGUCUCAACGUUCUGCGAAUCAUCAACGAGCCUACCGCUGCUGCCAUUGCCUACGGUCUCGGUGCCGGUAAGCAGGAGGCUGAGCGACACGUUCUCAUCUUCGAUCUUGGAGGAGGAACUUUCGAUGUCUCUCUGCUUUCCAUCCAGGGCGGUGUUUUCACCGUCAAGGCCACCGCUGGUGACACCCAUCUUGGUGGACAGGAUUUCGACACCAACCUCCUUGAGCACUUCAAGGCUGAGUUCAAGCGAAAGACCGGCCACGACAUCUCUGCUGACCCCCGAGCUCUGCGACGACUGCGAUCCGCCUGCGAGCGAGCCAAGCGAACUCUGUCUUCCGUCACCCAGACCACCGUUGAGGUCGACUCUCUCUUCGAGGGUGAGGACUUCUCCGCCAACAUCACCCGAGCUCGAUUCGAGGACAUCAACGCUGCCCUCUUCAAGUCUACCCUCGAGCCCGUCGAGAAGGUCCUCAAGGACUCCAAGAUCGACAAGUCCAAGGUCAACGAGGUUGUCCUUGUCGGAGGUUCUACCCGAAUCCCCAAGGUCCAGAAGAUGCUCUCCGACUUCUUCGACGGUAAGGCCCUCGAGAAGUCCAUCAACCCCGAUGAGGCUGUUGCCUACGGUGCCGCUGUCCAGGGUGCUAUCCUGACCGGCCAGGCCGUCGGUGAGGACACCGAGGAUCUGCUGCUGCUCGAUGUUGUUCCCCUUUCUCUUGGUGUCGCCAUGGAGGGUAACAUCUUCGCCCCCGUCGUUCCCCGAAACACCACCGUCCCUACCCUCAAGCGACGAACCUUCACCACCGUCGGUGACCACCAGACCACCGUCCAGUUCCCCGUUUACCAGGGAGAGCGAGUCAACUGCUCCGAGAACACCCUGCUCGGUGAGUUCGACCUCAAGAACAUCCCCCCCAUGAAGGCCGGCGAGCCCGUUCUGGAGGCCAUCUUCGAGGUUGACGCCAACGGUAUCCUCAAGGUCACCGCCGUUGAGAAGUCCACCGGCCGAUCCGCCAACAUCACCAUCUCCAACUCCGUCGGAAAGCUGUCUUCCGAGGACAUUGAGAAGAUGAUCUCCGACGCCGAGAAGUUCAAGUCUCAGGAUGAGGCCUUCUCCAAGCGACACGAGAACAAGCAGAAGCUCGAGUCUUACAUCUCCACCAUCGAGGCCUCCAUCACCGACCUUGACUCCAAGUUCAAGCGAGGUGCUAAGGACAAGAUCGAGACUGCUCUCUCCGAUGCCAUGUCCGCCCUUGAGAUUGAUGACGCCUCUGCCGACGACUACCGAAAGGCCGAGCUCGCCCUUAAGCGAGUUGUCACCAAGGCCAUGGCUACCCGAUAA